AUGGAGGGAUUAUUUUUCAAUGUCGAUUUCGGUUACAUCGAAGGCUUAGUCAGGGGUUACCGAAAUGGUCUUUUGACUCAGGCUCAAUAUGCCAAUUUAACUCAAUGUGAUACUCUUGAUGACUUGAAGUUGCAAUUAUCUUCUACUGAUUAUGGUAACUUCUUGGCUAAUGUCCCAUCACCUUUAUCCACCUCAAUAAUUCAAGAAAAGGCAUCUAGUAAAUUGUAUGAUCAAUUUAACUACAUCAGGAAUCAAUCAGUUGAGCCUUUAGCCAAAUUCAUGGACUACAUUACUUAUGGUUACAUGAUUGAUAACGUUGCAUUGAUGAUCACCGGUACUAUCCACGAAAGAGAUAGAAGUGAAAUAUUGGAAAGAUGUCAUCCAUUGGGAUGGUUUGACACUUUGCCAGCUUUGAGUGUUGCUACCGAUAUCGACUCUUUAUAUACUUCGGUAUUGAUUGAUACUCCUUUGGCGCCAUACUUCAAAGACUGUUUGAGUGCUGAUGACUUGGAUGACUUAAACAUUGAAAUUAUUAGAAACACUCUUUAUAAGGCCUAUUUGGAAGACUUUUAUGAGUUUACCCAAAGAGAAUUGCCAUACCCAGCUAAUGAAACAAUGAAAACUUUGUUGGAAUUUGAAGCUGACAGAAGAUCCAUAAAUAUUGCAUUAAACUCUUUUGAGUUGGAAUUGUCCACUGAAGACAAAAUGAAGUUAUUACCUCAAUUUGGUAAAUUAUAUCCUGCAGGCAUAACAAUGUUGGCCAGUGCUGAAGAUUUUGAACAGAUUAGAUCAGUUGUUGAAACCGUUAUCGAUUACAGAGGUUUUUUUGACAAUCUUAACGGAGACAAGACUUUGGAAGAUCACUUCUAUCAAUUAGAGAUGGAAUUAUGUGCUGACGCCUUCUGUCAACAGUUUACCGUUAGUACCAUAUGGGCUUGGGUCAAAUCUAGAGAACAAGAAGUUAGAAAUAUUACCUGGCUUGCUGAAUGUAUUGCUCAAAACCAAAAGGAACGUAUUAAUAAUUACAUUUGUGUCAACUAA